GAGAGAGCAGAGGAAGACACCUGUAUCAAAUCCAACAAAAUGUUAGACCUUCAAGGAUUGCUGGCAAAGGCAGGAGAGAGGAGAUUGUGAUAACAAGACUAAGGAUCAGACACAGUGCCUUAAACAAAAUGUUAAAAAUAAUAGGGAAGCAUAACUCUGGUUUGUGUGAGGAGUGUCAGGAGGAGGAAUCAGUAGAGCAUGUAAUUCUGAGGUGCAGGAGGUAUGAAACACAGAGGGAGAUGAUGAGGAGGGGGCUGGUGGAUGCAGGAGUGAAGGAAAUAUCACUAAAAGGAUUGUUGGACAUGAGUGACAGGUCUCAGCAAAGGGUGCUAUUAGAAUUUUUAAGGAGUACGGGGUUGUUUAAUAGGAUUUGAGGAGUCAGGAUGAGGAGUCAGUGAAGUAGGUUUGUUGUAUAGGUGUGUAUACUUGUAUAUGGGUUGAGCAGAGCCAAAAAUCCGUAAUGAUAGGGGGCGGUAAUGCACCAAAAUGAUGGAUGCCAACCGCCGUAAAAUCCGAAGAAGAAGAAGAAGAAGAAGAAGAAGAAGAAGAAGAAACCGGAAAGCAGUACCCAUCACUUCCGCUUGUCGGAGAGGGCGGGAAGUACAACUCCACCGUAAGUUUCCACCGCUUCCCAAAGGAUGAAACCUUAAGAAAGAUAUGGAUACGUAACGUGAGACGUGAGAAUUUGGUGAUUAAGAGGAGCAGGGCAGUCUGUAGUAGACAUUUCGUCUCCACGGAUGUAAUUCAACGUGGGCGACGACGCCUGAAAGAGGGGGCUGUACCUGUGUUGUUUGCCUGGAACGACUACUCUCUGGAGAGAACAAAACAACCAGAGGGUGAAUUAAUUGAAGAGGAUGAGAUGGACGUUGGACUGUUGCUUCAGUGUCACGAUUACGAUGCAAAACCAGAACCAUCAGCUUUGGAUACAGCAUGUGAGAAAAUAGAGGCCCAGCAGCUGUUGAUAGAGGAGCUGCAGAAGACACUGGCUGAGGUCACACUGAAGCAGUCGUUUGGUUUGGAGAGGUUUUCAGCAUCGGAUGAUGACAUCAGAUUCUAUACCAGAUUUGCCAGCUACCGCCAUCUACAGGCAUUCUGGAGACAGAUUGAGCCUGCAACGUGGAGAAUCGUGCCUGUUGGUACGUCAUCUACUUCCAGCACAACAGCAGCUCCUGACAAGGCCGCUGAUCCACCUCGUCCACCGAGCCGAUGCCUUCCACUGAUUGAUGAACUGUUCCUGUUCUUGGUGUACCUAUCGCUGGGUCUGAAGGAGAAAGAUCUGAGUGAUCGUUUCAACAUUCAUCAGUCCACCGUCAGCAGGAUAAUCAAAACUUGGGUACAUUUUUUGUACACAUUCAUGGGCGCCAUUGGGAUAUGGAUGUCUCCUGAAGCAAUUAGAGCCACGAUGCCGAGUGUGUUCAGCAAGUACCCUGACACCCAGGUGCUCAUUGACUGCACAGAGAUGAGAUGUCAGAUGCCUUCAUCUUUGCUCUCACAGAGUGAGAUGUUUUCACAGUAUAAAUCCCACACUACCCUGAAAGGAAUGAUAGGUGUGUCACCACAUGGUGCUGUUACUUUUGUUUCCUCAUUGUAUUCUGGCUCUAUCAGUGACAAAGAAUUGUUCAGGCAAUCUGGCAUUAUCCCUCUUUUGGAUAAAGAUAUGGCUGUAAUGGUGGACAAGGGAUUUGGAAUUGAUGACCUAGAGCCCUGCAAAGUUUACAGACUGUCUCAUGAAGUGCUGUUCACUCAGGACAUUGCACGGUUAAGGAUACAUGUGGAGAGGACAAUCAGGCGCAUCAAAGAGAACAAACUGUUUGACACUAUUAUUCCUCUGACCAUUGCUGGCAGUAUCAACCAGCUUUUUGCGGUAGCCUGCCUCCUAACAAACUAUCAAAACAAGCCACUGGUCAAGGCUUGGGCCAAAGAACUGACUAUGUGUUAACCUCAUUGAGCUAGCCUCUCUGGAUAUUUGUGGCACUGAAUGGCCUGUGAUAUUAUUCAGAGUUGACUCUGACUCUUAUCAGCUGUUCUGAAACCGAAAACUCUGAGUGUCCCAUCUCAGGGUUCAUCAACUCAGAGUUCAGGGUUAUACUCAGGGUUUUUCUGAACCUGCUUUCUGAAACAGGCCCCUGCUCGUCAAACUGAUAAUGAGCCUCCCUCAAUUGUCAGUUUGUCCCUCUGUGUGAUAAACAAUAACACUACACAAAAAUGUUAGCAAGCACUAGAUUCUUUGAUGUUGCAGAUUUGAUACAGAUUCUACAUCUUGACUUUGUGGUUAAUUUUUAUGAGUGGUUUAAUUUAUCAAAUUGCCAACUGUUUUCAU